UGUGUGUGCGCGCGCGCGGGGUGUGUGUAGUGUGCGAGGAGAGAAAGAGGAGACGGCGUCGUGCGCACACGCUGCCGCAAAAAACACGGAAAUAUAGAGAAAUAGUGAACUGACCGUUACCUUGGGCAAACAGCCGCCAAGUAUUGAUUGAUAGACAAAGUGAGGCCGGAGGAGUUAGUGGUUCUGGAGCCAAGUUACUCAAGACCGGGUCACAACUCUGGAUUAUCCCGCAAAGAAAUAACUUUAUUUGGUUAGCUAAACUGUUAGCUAACUAAAUACAAAGUUUUCUGCUAUGUCUGGAAGCGAGGAUGACAGAGACGAUUAUGGAGCCCCGGAGGACCGGUUAAUGCACGAUGACGAAGAGGAGGAGAUCUCAGAGAAUGAGACUCCGAAGGUGAAGAAGAAGAAAAAGGCCAAGAAGAGCAGAGAGAGUAAGAGCAGUAAGAGGAGGUCACGCAGAGAGGAGCUCGCCAUCAGCUCCCCAGAGCCCAUGGACGUGGGCGGGGCCGAGGAGGCAGAGGGCGGCGGCGGCGGCCACGCCCACCGCUCCGACAGUGAGGGCAGCGACUACACUCCGGGACGCAAGAAGAAGAAGAGAGGCGGCAGUGGCAAAGAGAAGAAGAGGGGCGGCAGCGAGCGCAGCAGCUCAGCGUCCAAGAGGAAAGAACCAGAACCGGAGGAUGACGACGAUGAUGACGACGAUGACUCAGAGCCGAAGACAUCGUCUCAGCUGUUGGAUGACUGGGGCAUGGAGGACAUUGACCACGUCUUCACAGAGGAGGACUACCGCUCUCUGACCAACUACAAGGCCUUCAGCCAGUUUGUCAGGCCUCUCAUCGCAGCCAAGAACCCGAAGAUCGCAGUGUCCAAAAUGAUGAUGGUUCUGGGCGCCAAGUGGCGCGAGUUCAGCACCAACAACCCUCUGAGGGGCGCUGCCGCUGCCAACGCCGCUCUGGCCACCGCCAACGUCCCCGCCGCCGUCGACAACAUGGUGUCGGAAGCCGCUCCCGCACCGCCCCCCGCCGUCGCUGCACCGCCCCUCGCAGACACCCAGCAAACGCCGCCGCCGCCACUACGCAAGGCUAAGACCAAGGAGGGCAAAGGUCCGAAUGCCAGAAAGAAGUCCAAACCUGCACCCAAACCCCAGGAGAAGAAGAACAACGCCAAAACCAAGAAGGUGGCUCCUCUGAAGAUCAAACUGGGCGGAUUCAACAGCAAGAGGAAGCGUUCGUCGAGCGAGGAGGACGAGCCCGACGUGGACAGCGACUUCGACGACGCCAGCAUGAACAGCGUGUCGGUGUCGGAGGGAUCCAACAGCCGCAGCAGCCGCAGCAAGAAGAAGAACACCAAGAGCAAACCCAAGAAGAAGAAAGAAGCCGAGGACGGGGACGGUUAUGAGACGGACCACCAGGACUACUGCGAGGUGUGUCAACAGGGUGGAGAGAUCAUCCUGUGUGACACCUGUCCCAGAGCCUAUCACAUGGUGUGUCUGGACCCGGACAUGGAGAAGGCGCCGGAGGGAACCUGGAGCUGCCCGCACUGCGAGAAGGAGGGCAUCCAGUGGGAGGCCCGCGAGGAGGUGUCGGACGGCGAGGAGGACAACGGGGAGGUGGGCGAGACGGAGGAGGACGACCACCACAUGGAGUUCUGCCGGGUGUGCAAAGACGGAGGAGAGCUGCUGUGCUGCGACUCCUGCCCCUCCUCCUACCACAUCCACUGCCUCAACCCGCCACUGCCCGAGAUCCCCAACGGAGAGUGGAUCUGCCCCCGCUGCACGUGUCCGCCCAUGAAGGGGAAGGUCCAGAGGAUCCUGACAUGGAGGUGGGGAGACCCGCCUCCUCCCACGCCCGUGCCCCGCCCACCGGACCUCCCGGCCGACGCCCCCGACCCCGCCCCGCUGGCAGGGCGGCCCGAGAGGGAGUUCUUCGCCAAGUGGUCCAACAUGUCAUACUGGCACUGCUCCUGGGUGACGGAGCUGCAGCUGGAGCUUCAUUGCCAGGUGAUGUUCAGGAACUACCAGAGGAAGAACGACAUGGACGAGCCACCGCCCAUCGACUUCGGCGACGGCGAGGAGGACAAGAGCGUGAAGAGGAAGAACAAAGACCCCAUGUAUGCCCAGCUGGAGGAGAAGUACCUGCGCUUCGGCAUCAAGAUGGAGUGGCUGAUGAUCCACCGCAUCAUCAACCACAGUGUGGACAGAAAGAACAACGUCCACUAUCUGAUCAAGUGGCGUGAGCUGCCGUACGACCAGGCCACCUGGGAGGCAGAGGACAUGGACGUGCCCGAGUUCGACACCUACAAACUGCAGUUCUGGAACCACAGAGAGCUGAUGAUGGGAGACGAAGGUCGACCUGGAAAGAAGAUUAAAGUGAAGGGGAAGGUGAAGAGGCCAGACCGACCGCCAGAGAACCCUGUGGUCGACCCCACCAUAAAGUUCGAGCGUCAGCCGGAGUACCUGGACAGUACUGGGGGGACGCUGCACCCCUACCAGCUGGAGGGGCUCAACUGGCUCCGGUUCUCCUGGGCCCAGGGAACCGACACCAUCCUGGCCGACGAGAUGGGGCUGGGAAAGACCGUGCAGACCGCCGUCUUCCUCUACUCGCUCUAUAAAGAGGGUCAUUCUAAGGGGCCCUUCCUCGUCAGUGCUCCCUUGUCCACCAUCAUAAACUGGGAGAGGGAGUUUGAGAUGUGGGCUCCUGACAUGUACGUGGUGACCUACGUGGGCGAUAAGGACAGCCGAGCGGUGAUCAGAGAGAACGAGUUCUCCUUCGAGGACAACGCCAUCCGAGGAGGGAAGAAGGCAUCCAGGAUGAAGAAAGACUCGUCUGUGAAGUUCCACGUCCUGCUGACGUCCUACGAGCUCAUCACCAUCGACAUGGCCGCCCUGGGCUCCAUCGACUGGGCCUGUCUGGUCGUGGACGAGGCCCACCGGCUCAAGAACAACCAGUCCAAGUUUUUCCGGGUGUUGAACAACUACCCUCUCCAACACAAGCUGCUGCUGACUGGAACUCCUCUGCAGAACAACCUGGAGGAACUGUUCCACCUGCUCAACUUCCUCACACCUGAGAGGUUCAGUAACCUGGAGGGCUUCUUGGAGGAGUUCGCAGACAUCGCUAAAGAAGACCAGAUAAAGAAGCUCCAUGACAUGCUGGGGCCUCACAUGCUGCGCAGGCUGAAGGCCGACGUCUUCAAACACAUGCCUUCAAAGACCGAGCUCAUCGUCCGAGUGGAGCUCAGCCCCAUGCAGAAGAAAUACUACAAGUUCAUCCUGACGAAAAACUUCGAGGCUCUGAACACCAAAGGAGGCGGAAACCAGGUUUCUCUGCUCAACGUGGUCAUGGACCUGAAGAAAUGCUGCAACCACCCCUACCUCUUCCCCGCUGCUGCAAUGGAAGCUCCAAAGAUGCCCAACGGGAUGUACGACGGCCAGGCACUCACAAAGGCUGCUGGGAAACUGCUGUUACUGCAGAAGAUGAUGAGGAAGCUGAAGGAUGGAGGACACAGAGUGCUCAUCUUCUCUCAGAUGACCAAGAUGUUGGACCUGCUGGAGGACUUCUUAGAGAACGAGGGCUACAAAUACGAGCGGAUUGACGGAGGCAUCACAGGAGGAAUGAGACAGGAAGCCAUCGACCGCUUCAACGCUCCCGGCGCUCAGCAGUUCGCCUUCCUGCUGUCGACCAGAGCCGGAGGCCUGGGCAUCAACCUGGCAACCGCCGACACCGUCAUCAUCUACGACUCCGACUGGAACCCCCACAACGACAUCCAGGCCUUCAGCAGAGCCCAUCGGAUCGGACAGAACAAGAAGGUCAUGAUCUACCGCUUUGUCACCAAAGCCUCAGUGGAAGAGAGGAUCACCCAGGUCGCCAAGAAGAAGAUGAUGCUGACCCACCUGGUGGUCCGGCCCGGUCUGGGCUCCAAGACCGGCUCCAUGUCCAAACAGGAGCUGGACGACAUCCUCAAGUUCGGAACCGAGGCGCUGUUCAAAGACGAGGGAGAAGGUGAGAACAAGGAGGAGGACAGCAGCAUCAUCCACUACGACGACAAGGCCAUCGACCGCCUGCUGGACCGCAACCAGGACGCCACCGACGACACCGAGCUGCAGAGCAUGAACGAGUACCUGAGUUCCUUCAAGGUGGCGCAGUACGUGGUAAAGGACGAGGACGAGGAG